AUGGCCGAAGGAGCCAAAGAUGAGUCACAGCCUGAGGGGGAGGAGGAGGAGGAGGGCGAAGAUGCAGAGGAAGCUGGGAAGGAGGACACUAGGAGUGCGUCAGACAAGGCGCUGGACGCUCUCGAAGCUGAAAAGAAGAAGAUGACCCCACUGGAGCAGCUGGAAACUUCGCUGCUGUGGAAGGUGGAAGGAAACGACUUCUUCAAGAAGGGCGAGCUGUUCAAAGCAGCAGACUGCUACUACCAUUCCAUCGUUUUUGCGCGGGAUUUGACAAAGAAUCCCCAGUACUACCCGGAGCUCAAGCACACGCAGCAAGAGAGGAGCAAAGCACAGGAACUUUGCGAAUCGGUUUUCACCAACCUGGCGCUGGUGCAGCUGAAAUACGGCAGCAGCCUCGACGCGGACAGCGUGGAGAGACCCAAGGUGCUCCAGGAGGGCGCCAAAUCGGCUUCCGAGGCAUUGAAGCUGAAUGCCAAGAAUGUCAAGGCGCUCUUCCGCCGGGCAGCCAUCAAUGCCGUGUUGGCCAAGGACUGUGAGAGUAACUCUGAGGCGCAGGCGCUCUGCGCGGAGUCGAAGGCCGACCUUGUGAAAGUGGUCGAGGCGGAGCCUCAGAACAAGGAGGCCCGCGCGGAGCUCAAAGCGGUGCAGGAGCACCUCAAGCAGUUGAAGCGUGAGGAGCGGGAAGGUGAAAAGAGGGAGUUCUCCUUUGCUUCCACGCUUUCCGGCCUGGGUUUCAAGGAGAAGGACUUGCUCGGGGAUGGUUCCAUCCGCAAGCAGCAGAUCUCAGCAGGUGAUGGCGGCAAGUGGCUCAACGAGGACUGGAUGGACUGGAAAGGCGCCACGAAGUGCGUGGUGCACCUGGCUGUGCGGCAAGCCAGUCAGUCAGGGCCGGCUGCCCCUGUGUCCUUCAUUCUCGGCGACCCCGACAUGCACGAGGGCGUGAACGUCGCCGUGCGGUCCAUGACCAAGGGUGAGGUGGCCAACUUCACCUUCGCCAGCCGCCGGCUGUCGGGCGACAGCGGCCUGACGAAGCUCCUGCCCAAGGUGGAGGAGGAUCCCUGCGUCUGGCAGAUCGAGUUCCAGAAGUUUGUGACUUGGGAAGACCUUGAUCGCGACGGGGAGAGGCUGCGAAAGAUCCAAGAAGAAGGCUACGGAGCUGCUGUCGCAGAAGAUCUCUCAGAGGUUUUCGUCCACUGGAGGGUCUUCGGAGCCGACAGCAAGCUUGUCCACUCCACCAGGUACACUGUGAGCAUGGGAAGCGGCCAAGACAUGAAGCAAGUGGAGAACGAGGACAAGGUAGCUCCUUCCUACAUCAUGGGCGAGACGACCUGGGAGCCGGUGGCAAUGAUCUGCCGAAGCCUUCGGCAAGGAGGCGUGGCCGAACUUCGACUGAGGAGCGUUCCGGAUCUCCCAAAGGACCCCGAUGGCGACGACGUGUCGGCCAAGCUCUCCAUGAUGCUGAACCGGGGAUCCACGGAGCGCCUCAGCCACUGCACCAUCCGAGCCGAGCUGGAGAAAGUCGUGCCAGCCCUCACUGGUCCCGGGGAUCCGCGAUGGCAGGGCGCUGGUACGCUCGUGGAGGAGCGCUUCAGGGGCGAGCAGCUCCUGGAACAAGGCUACGAGGCUGCCGCGUUGGCGAGACUGCGCAGGGUAGUGGCCUGGUCUGAGCAGCUCCCCGAUCAGGCCUCCACGCUUCAGGAUGUCGCAGCAGCCAAAGCAUCCAUAGGCUGGUCGCUGGCUAGCAGAGCUGCGCCGAUCCUCGACUCGGGAAGUGUUUCUUCCGCUGUCCUCAAAUCAGCUCGCAAAGACUUGGCCGAAGCAGAGGAGCUUUGCGAGUGGCUCGAGCAGAAUGCAAGCCAGAAUGCAGGGACCAAGCUCCUUCGGGCCAAAAUCCUGGUCGCCAAUGACGACGACUUCGCGGGCGCCCACAAGCAGCUCCUGGAGGCCCAGAAGCAGGCCCCGGAGGACAAGAGAGUGCAGGAAGAGCUGCGAAAGGUGAAGGUCGAGCUGCGAAAAGAGGAAGAGAUGCAGAGCCGGGCGAAGGUGGCGGAGAUCCGCGAUGGGCUGAAAAGGGCUCGCACGGAGGGCUCCGAGGUCAUGCCGCUGUUGAGGCAGCUGUCCUCGACCAGCUGCUCCUGGGAGACAGUCAUGGAGACUCGCAUCGGCGUGGAGCUAAAGAGCUGCCAGGAGUGUGGAGCAGAAGCGAAGAAGCUUUGUGACGAGAUCCUGGCGAAGUUCAAGGACCAGUCGAAGGAGCAGAGGCCUCUCUGGGAAGGAUAG